AUUUAACUUGAAUGUAGGAAGAAAUGGAGGCCGUGCGGUGCACUGAAUAUUGAUAUUGAUAUUUUUUUUUUAUUCAGUUCAGUUGAAAUCGUCAAGGUGCCCUGAAAUCGUCCAGUAUAUCCAACCAUGGAAUCUAUGCUCAACAAACUGAAGAGUACAGUCACCAAAGUGACUGCCGAUGUGACCAGCGCUGUCAUGGGUAAUCCUGUGACAAGGGAGUUUGAAGUGGGUCGACACAUUGCCAGCGGAGGUCCUGGUAUGUCCUGGAGAAUCUAUAAUGGGAUCAAGAAGUCUACCAAACAGGAAGUUGCCGUUUUUGUUUUCGACAAGAAAAUCAUAGAAAAAUACCAGAAAUUUGAAAAGGACCAAAUAAUAGAUUCCCUGAAAAGAGGAGUUCAGCAGCUUACACGCCUGAGGCACCCACGGCUUCUCACAGUCCAGCACCCACUAGAGGAGUCAAGAGACUGCUUGGCAUUCUGCACUGAGCCUGUUCUUGCCAGUUUGGCCAAUGUAUUGGGGCAGUGGGAUUAUCUGCCAACUCCAGUACCCACAGAAAUCAAGAACUACAAAUUGUAUGAUGUUGAGAUCAAGUAUGGACUCUUACAGAUAUCAGAGGGUUUGUCCUUCCUCCACACUGGUGUUAAGAUGGUACAUGGCAACUUGUGCCUUGAGAAUAUCAUUAUUAACAAGAGUGGAUCCUGGAAGAUCAUGGGAUUUGACUUCAGCAUCUCUUCCAGCAACCCUUCGGAGGCCGAGGCAAAGUAUGUGUGUAAGGAGUGGGACCCGAACCUUUCACCUCUAUGCCUUCCUAACCCUGAGUAUGUGGCACCAGAGUACAUCCUGUCUGUUAGCUGUGACUCAGCCUCUGACAUGUACUCUCUGGGUGUCGUCAUGCAUGCAGUCUUCAAUGAGGGUCGGCCGGUUUUUCAGGUCAACAAGCAGGACAUCUUCAAAAGCUUCAGCAGACAGUUAGACCAGCUGAGUCGACUAAGUCCUGCAGUCUUGAGCCAGAUUCCAGAGGACGUUUGUGAACAUGUGAAGAUGCUCCUGAAUGUCACAGCCAAUGUGCGUCCUGAUGCCGAUCAGAUGACAAAGAUCCCUUUUUUUGACGAUGUUGGGGCCAUGACUUUGCAGUACCUUGACUCACUCUUUCAGAGGGACAACCUCCAGAAAUCCCAGUUUUAUAAAGGCCUACCCAAAAUCUUACCCAAACUUCCAAAGAGAGUGGUGGUACAGCGUGUCCUUCCAGCAUUGACAUCUGAGUUUGUCAACCCAGACAUGGUCCCUUUUAUCUUACCCAAUGUGCUGCUGAUAGCUGAAGAGUGUACCAAAGAGGAAUAUGUCCGCCUUAUCCUGCCAGACCUGACACCUGUAUUCAAGCAACAUGAACCUAUCCAGGCCAGCAACAUGAUCCUCCUAAUAUUCCUGCAGAAGAUGGACCUUUUAUUAACCAAGACACCAGCAGAAGAAAUUAAGAGCUGUGUUCUUCCAAUGGUGUAUAGAGCUCUUGAGGCCCCAUCCAUCCAGAUACAAGAGCUCUGCUUGAACAUCAUCCCAACAUUUGCCAAUCUCAUUGAAUAUCCUUCCAUGAAAAAUGCACUGAUUCCACGUGUUAAAUCAGCCUGCUUACAGACUUCCUCAUUAGCGGUUCGGGUGAAUUCCUUGGUGUGUUUGGGGAAAAUUCUUGAGUACCUAGACAAAUGGUUUGUUAUUGAUGAGAUCCUGCCUUUUCUACAGCAGAUUCCCUCUAGAGAGCCUGCUGUCCUCAUGGGGAUUUUGGGAAUUUACAAAUGCACCUUUACACACAAGAAGCUGGGCAUCCCAAAAGAGCAUAUAGCUUCUAAGAGCCUUCCUCAUCUGAUCUCACUGAGCAUUGACAACAAUCUUAACCUUAACCAGUUCAACUCAUUCAUGGCAGUGAUCAAGGAUAUGCUGGGCAAAAUGGAGAUCGAACACAAGACCAAACUGGAACAGCUCCAUGUGAUGCAGGAACAACAGAGGAGCCUCAAUAUCUCAAGCCAGAUGAACCAGUCAGCAGAGUCCAACAGUGCAUCCAAUACCACAAAUCAAGUGAGAGAGAUUGAUGACCUAUUUGGUGGCAAUUCUGUCAAUGGCAGAGAAGUGAACUCCUCCCAAAAUAUACCACAGGUCUCCAGAGUGUCACUCACACUUGAGGAGAAACAGAGAUUAGCCAAGGAACAGGAACAAGCAUCCAAACUGAGGAACCAGCAACCCCUUCAACCACAGAGUGUAAAACCCGCUACAACCAUCACACAGACCAAGGACCUUACCAGCAGUUUACUGAGCAACAUGACAACAUUGGGCCACCUGUCUUUAAGCUCCACAUCUACGUCAACGCCUGUUCAAAGCAGCAAAACAUCGACUGCCUUCCCUCUGACUGCUACCAAGAGUGGCAUGAGCACUAUGGAGCCCAUGAGUAAUGGUCUCACUGCACCCAUGGGUUUCCCAUCAGUGGGAUUGGGUCGGGGUAUGUGUCCAGCAACACCAGCCAUUUACGGAGGCAUGGCUACCACAACCAGCACACCUAAUUUCAGCGCACUUUCACAGAACCAACCCCAGCCUGGAAAGGCUCCGGACAUGUCCGCUUUGGAUUCUCUUUUCAUCCCCAACAAACCCAAAGUCAGUCUGAAUCAAAUGGCACCGAAACCAACUCCAGGGACAACCACCCCAUCACCUUGGGUAAACCAGUUUGGAUUGAGCCAUCCAUCUCAGACUGCUCCCAUGCAAGGAACUGCCAUGGGUAUGGCAUCAGUUCAGAGUGGUUUUGGUGUGCAGGCUAAUCCCUUCUUCAAUCCCCAUAACUUUGUCCAGCCAGCUGUGAACACGCCAGCUUUGUCCACCACUGGCAUGCUCAAACACAGCGCCUCUGUCAACAAUGAUCUAAAAGACCUCUUUGGAUAACCUUGGAAAGACCAAAAGAUAAGUAAUUACUGUACUCUAAAGUGUUGGGGGGUGGGGGGAUUAGCUGUGUAAUCAAGGUUUUGGUCUUACUUCAACUAUUCAUGGUAGAUUCAUUUAAGAUUACUUUGUUGUUGAUGGUUUUUUCCCCCCUUUGUCAAGUAUGGCUCACUGGACAGCAUUGAAACUGGGUAUAUAUUUGGUCCAUACAUACAAUAUUGAUUCUCAUGUACAUAUAUAUGUGGUAUAAAACCACUAUAUAUCGAUCAUGUUUUUUUUUAUUGCCUAACAAAUAUGCACAAAGGCUUUGACACAGACACAGAAAUGUUGAAAAUAUUUGAUUAUGUUUAUUGUGAUGCAGUGAUUGGUUGUUUGUAUAUUUUUCAUCUUUGCCAUUGCUUUUUUCUUAUUCAUUUUUUUCUGAGUCAUGUCUUUGAUGUGAGGAGGUUGUAGAUGCAUGGAAUGACAUAUCAUUUCGAAACAAAGUUCUUUGAGGGCAUCCAGGACAUGGGUCUAGCAACUUGGAAGCUUGUCACCUUUGCAUAGAUAAUGCUGUAGUGAACAAUCAAGUCUAUGAGUGUAAGACAGUUGAACCUGAGUGUGAAGUUGUGUUUAAAAUAACCGAUGUCUUAUGUGCUCCAUUUAUUUGGGUUCACUUGUUUUAAGUCUCAGUGAAUAUAGCUAGUUAUGUUCUGUACAGAUCAGUUUCUGAUUGAGUCCUAUUUAUCUGAAAUCUAGCUCAAGAAUCUCUUCAGAGUCAAUACCUGAGCAGCUUAAAUGGAUAUUCAUUGUUAUCAUCAUAUGAUAACACUUGUUUGAGUAUUUUCCUUGGUUUUUGGUUAUUGGGUGUGACGGUCAUGUUACUGCAAAUUUUGAUGAGAAUAUACAGUGUUUUAUUAAAAUGUUUUCCAGGACAUAGGAUUGCCUGUCCAUGUAAAUCCUUGGUGACCAGACCACCACCAGCUAUGUGUCGCCCAUCUUUAAGGCUGUCAGUAAUUGUUUGACAUACCAGUUAAACAAUAUGUUCAAGCACUGUUAUGGCAUUUUAAUGAAGGUAAACUUUGUGCGUGCUUUGCAGUAAAAUGAAGCACAGAUUUUGCUGAUAAAUGAAGCCUUAAGAGAAUGUGUGUGCAAUAGGAAGGUUUCUGCUGCUGUCCAUGUGUAGCAGUCAUAUUUGAUUGAUUAUAUUCAUACACUUUUUUAGAUAUAAAUAGCCGAUGGGGUGUAUUUAUCAAGACAAUUCCAUAACCUUUUCCAUUCCUCAAAUUCUACUAUCAAUCCAAACUGAAUUCUUUAAUUCCUUCUGUAAUAAUGACUAGAUAAACCACCUCAUGAGUUGCCUUUAUUUCUGAUUACAUGAAGUCAGUACUGGUGGGCCGGUCAUCUGAGGCUUGUGGCACACAGGAGCAAGACCCCAUUAGAUGUACUGACUAUUAGGGUCCAGUUGAUGUUCAGUAUGGUUAUGGGAUAUUUGUAGCACCAUCACAGUAAUACUGUGGUCUAAUCUCAGUGAACACAAAAAUAUGAAUUUAUCUUGUAUUUAUCAUUUAAUAAGUCAUGCAGAGAAAAGUACAGUACAGUUAUCAGAAUAUGUAGUGCUACAUUUUCAUCCUUCAUAAAAAUAUUUUGAUCAUUAAAAAAAUGUACAUACUGCCAAUGUUAGUCUGAUCUAUAUGACUUAUCCAUCAUAUUUGAGAACAUCACAAUAAAAUGUAUUUAAUGUGAUUGACUCUA